CGGUAUAUUUUUGAGGGUCACCUUUCCGACGGUCACACUGUCCGGCUGCCACUUUGACAGCUCCUCUCUUUUCUGUUCUUUUCCGGUAGAAACGUAAAUCAAAAUGGGUCGCGUCAGAACCAAGACGAUCAAGAAGGCCGCUAAGGUCAUCAUUGAGAAGUACUACACUCGGUUGACGAUGGACUUCCACACCAACAAGCGUAUCUGCGAGGAGGUCGCUAUCAUUCCCACCAAGCCCCUCCGCAACAAGAUUGCCGGUUACGUUACCCACUUGAUGGGCCGUCUUCGUCACUCCCAGGUGCGUGGUAUUUCCAUCAAGCUGCAGGAGGAGGAGCGUGAGCGUCGCGACAACUACGUCCCAGCCGUGUCCGCCCUGGAGCAAGACAUCAUCGAGGUCGAUCCCGACACCAAGGAGAUGUUGAAGCUGUUGGACUUCCACAACAUCCGUGGUCUCCAGCUCACCCAGCCCAACACCAACAACUUUGGUCGUCGUAAUUAACUUUCUAAGUAGAUGCAGAUGAUGUUCUGAUCCGUUUUGCAUGGGUCGCAAUAAACGAUUUGUGUAAAGUGCA